AUGCGAGCAAGCAGCACGAUUGACAACAUUCACACUGUUUCGAAAUUCAUCGAGGUGUCACGAAAGUACAAGAUGCCGCUCUGUCUCACCUUCAUCGACUUAGAGCCCCUCGACUUAGUUGAGAUGGAAGCAGUCAUAGAAACCUUGGUCCUUACUCGGUUCAUAAAGGUACUUCGAGGGUUGAGUAACUUCACAACCAGAAUUUCGCCAUUAUACAAAAAUGUCAUCAUUGACGUGAAAAGAGGGGUUCGACAGGGAGAUACAAUCUCACCUCCUGUAUUCACGGUCACCCUCAAAAACGCAAUGCGAAAGCUAGAAUGGGACGACAUGGGAGUGAAGGUUGAUGGUCGGCAGCUACAUCAUUUACGACUUGCUGACGACAUCGUUCUGAUAACAUCUAGCAUCAGUCAGGCGGAAAGAAUGCUGACCGAAUUCGACGGAACACGUACAUGCGCAGCUUGCAACUCGAACAUCACUCAAGAAACGACGGAAUGUAAAGCAAUGGGAAAGAUAUUUCACGUGAAUUGCUUCAAAUGCAAGAAAUGCGGCAUAAAACUCGCCAGUUUCUCCUCAUACUAUAGAGUUGACGACUAUCCUUUAUGCGAAUCUUGCUAUCAGGAUACCAUGGACAAAUGUAAUAAAUGCCAGAAGCCAAUUACGGAUACCAUACUUCGUGCUAGAUGUGGAACGUUUCACCCCAAAUGUUUUGUGUGCGCAAAUUGUCAAAAGUCGCUCGAAGACGCACGUUACACCACAGAUCUAGACGGUUAUCCCCACUGUAUGCCUUGUUUUCACGAACGAUUUGGUAUACGAUGCGUAGCCUGCAAGAAAUGUAUUGUUCCUGAAGAAGGGAGCAAUAAACGAGUGAGGGUAUUUGCAUUGAACCAAAACUAUCAUCCGAGUUGCUUCAAGUGUGAGAGCUGUGGAAUCAAUCUAUGCAGAACGGAGAAAGGAGGCGGUUGCAUUCCGUUUGACGUGCAGCUUUACUGCAAAAAAUGCUAUUUCAAGUGUGCCACUUUUGGCGGUGGUAUAACCUAUUAA